AUGACCGAUGAGAAACGAGCUUUUCCAAAAGGUAACAACCAUAUAAGAUCAGAAACUUUCAAUGGUUCGGUAUCUCACAAAAUCUCCGAAUCGAUUAAAGAUAUCGCUAGCUUAAGACCACACGGUAAAUAUACGGUACAAGACAUCGACAACAUCAUAGCAUCCACAUCUUCACAUGAAAAUAGAGGCCAAUCAGGCGAUAGUAAUGGCUGUAUAAAUCACGACGAAGAAGGCGAUAUUCCGAUGUGUGACUUGAAUGAUGAAAGCGACGUUGAAAUGAUUUCUGAAUAUCUUUCUAGCCAGAGGGAGAUGGAAGCACAAUCUGUCGCUAAUUAUAUGCCAAAAAUCAAUGACGAUUUACCGCUGUUAAAUCCACCUACUUUGAAAACUGCCUUUGUAGUCGACACCAACUUUAUUAUUUCGCAUCUAAACACUUUAGAAAAAUUGAGAUCACUGUCCAGCACUUAUCAUCAUUUGAUUAUUGUACCAACCACCGUAAUCCAAGAACUGGACGGACUAAAAAAGAGCCCUGAUAUUGCUAGGGACAAUGACGAUACAACUAAUCAGGAACAUGAUAGGACAAUAGGCACAUUGGCCAGAUGGGGGAACGACUGGAUUUAUAAGAAUCUAGCCAAUUUAGAUUCCGGUUUAAUAGGUCAAAAAUUGAAACAAAGCUUGAAUCCAGGCAGUUUAAAGGAUGACUCGAUAUUGGACUGUUGCUUGUACUUCAAAGAGAUUUUAAAUUGUUUUGUUAUUUUGCUUUCGAAUGAUAAGAAUCUUUGUACAAAGGCAUUAACUGAAGAUAUAUUAACUGUUUCAUUUAGGAAGAACAUGGAUGCGAAAAUAAUUGCAAUGAGAGCAUAUGAAGAAAACCAACUGAGAUUUGCUAAUCUGCGUGACUCUACAGUAAAUAAUUUCGAUCAGAAUGUCACAUCAUAUGCUCAUAUUCCUGGAAUAGAAACGCCCCCUUUGCAAUUCGAUAAAGUCUCACAAAAUGUGUUUGAGCAAGUAAAAGAAACUAUUUUCUUUGCUAUUGACCACACUUUAAGAAAGGAAUAUGGUGAAGAUAUUGGAUUCAUAGAUUACAACCCAGAUAAAUUAACUACCAUAGAAAACGCUUCGAAUUACAUUUAUUUGUUUUGGGUGUCUGUAUUUUCGGAACUUUUCACUUGUUCAAAGAUAAAGAAGAAUGAGUGGAAGAGCUUACCAACAGUUUUGAAAUCAAAACCGACAAAUCUGAAUGACUUAAGAACAUUUGAACAAUUUUGGGAGACUGUAUUGCAUUUUUUAUUCAGCAAAUUCACAAAUGAGGAGAAACAAUCUUUAGAGAAACAGAUUCAUGAAUGGAAAACAUCUAUCAAUGCUAUAUCAACCUGA